GAGGUGGAGGACACAAGGGAUCCUAACUGGACUCCACCUGCAGAUGGCGAUGCUCCUUCUCCGUUGGCUCUCGGGGACGUGGGGCUGGACUCGGAGUCCCAGCAUGCCCCUUUCGUGAAGCUGGAGGUGGACAGCAUCAUGUGUGACGUGUGUGGCAAAGUGAUGAAGAACAAGUCGAGUCUGGCACGUCAUUCCUUCAUCCACACGGGGAAGAAGCCGUUCGCCUGCCACCUCUGCGAGCUGCGCUUCAAUCGUCGUGACAAUCUGCAGCACCACCUGACCCGGCUGCACCCCAACGGCAUCGCCAAGCUGGAGAAGCAGCGCGAGGUGCAGGCGUGGCUGUGCGCGGACUGCGGGAAAACCUUCAACUGCAGGUCCAGGCUGAAGGCGCACGAGGUCGUCCACUCAGGGGUCAAACCUCACCGCUGUGACCUCUGCCCCAAAGCCUACAUGAGGACAAACGACCUGGAGCACCACAAGAAGAGCGUCCACGUGCAGGGCUCCCAGGAGCCUCAGCGGCCGAGCUCGCUGCUCUGCGACUUGUGUGGUAAAGAGUUCAAAUGCAGGUCGCAGCUCAUCAUCCACUUUCAGACACACACGGGAGAGCGACCGCAUCUCUGUGACAUCUGCGGACGCAAGUUUGCCCGACACCAUCAGCUCAAACGUCACAAGAUUCUGAUCCACGCCAACCACCUGAAAGGAGAGGGGAACCCCCCGUACGACUUGCCGUUCUCCUGCACCGUCUGCGGGAAGCGGUUAAAGUCUAAAGCACUUCUUGCUGCUCACACCCACAUCCACACCAACGAGAAGCCACACCGCUGCGGCGUCUGUCUGCGCAGCUUCCAGCGCGCCACCUGCCUGAAACAGCAUCAUCUGCGCGUCCACCUGAGGGUCAGAGUGAACGAUGCGCCGCACGCUGCCAGGAACAGGAAGUGCACAGCACAGGCGAAGAUGUUCCCGUGUCCCAUCUGCAGCAAAGUUUUCAAAUUUAAGUCUCUGCUGGCGAGUCACUCGUUGAUUCACAGCGAGAUCCGACCGUACGCCUGCGACUUCUGCAGCCGCAGCUUUAGACGCCUCAGCCACUUGAAGAGACACCGAGAGGUCGUCCAUGCCAACGGAGCGCGCCCGCCACAGAGCUUCAUCUGCCACAUCUGCGGCAAAGACAAGAAGUGUCGCUCACAGCUUGACAGACACGUCAUCAUCCACACCGGGGAGCGGCCGUUCGCCUGCGACCUCUGCACCGCCCGCUUCAACCGUAGCGGGAACCUGCAGCAGCACAGGAAGCGCAUGCACGGUGUGGGGAAGCCACCACCGCCUGAGGAAGCCCCGCCCAUCCUGUUUGAUGAUGACAUGACAUGCAAACAGGAGGAGACGGUCGUGGCCGUCGACCCUCCAGCUGAGCGGUCUGAGGUGGCAACGAUUGACGAGAUGGAGACGGAGGUCGUUCAGGACCUCGUUGCUUCCUGACGUCCGAACUGAAAACGUGCGAGCCGAUGCACAUUUAGAGGAAGUGAGUUUGUCUUGAUAAUAAAUUCUGUGGUGACUCUCUGAUGAACCUGUGAAUGAUCUGAGGAUCACUGAUCCGUUCUGCAUUGAUUCCAAAUUAAACGUGAUUCAGAAAACGUC